GCUUCUCACAUUUCGGAGCGAGGCGAGCGCGGCCGGCGGCCGGCGGCGAGGAACGGAGGAAGGCGACUGCUAGGUAUUGCUCCCGCUACCGUCCGAGAGAUGGAGGGGAAGGUGCCGGCCGUCGAUUUCGGCGGCGAUGCUUCCGGCGACGCGGUGGAUGAUCUCAAGUACAUCUCCGGGCUGAGCACCAUUCUCGUGGCCACCAUCCAGGAGGUGAAGGACCAGGUCUCCCAGAUGGAGUUCAUCUUCUGCAGCCAGCUCUUCCCGCACAUCCAGGCGAAGGUGAAGCUCUUCCAGGCGCGUCUCGCCGACGCGAUGAAGACCAAUGAGGAUGAGUGGAGGAAGAGGGAGGCCAGCCUAGUGAGCCAGCUGGAGGAGCUGAGCAGCGGGAAGCGACAAGCGGAGGAGAGGCUGCUGCGGGUGGGGAACUCUCUUGAGGAGAUGAAGGGGAAGCUUGUGGAGUCGGAGCGAUUGGCUGCAAGGCAUGAGGCUGAGAAGAAACAGCUUCUGGGGAGGUUGGAGGAUGAGAUGAGGAAAGGUGAGGUGGUUCGUCGGCUCCAGAGGGAGAUUGAGGAGAAGGACGCUGAGGUGGCCAGGGAGCGAGAGGCACAUCAACGGCUGCUGCAGCAGGUUGACCUGAAGGAUAAGGAUCUGCUUCUGGAGCAGAGUAAGCGAAGGGACUUGAUUGAGGAUUACACUCAGCUGAAGACGAACUACAAGAACUUGAAGUCCCAGUACACCUUUCUUCUUGGAAAGAUUGGCCAGAAUGAAGGCUCCAAGUCUCAUGUAGACAUCCCUUUAGAUAAAAGAAACACUGGAAGUCCUCCAAGUAAGAGAAAGCUCAAAGAUUUGGAGCACACAAACAAGGAGAGCAUCCAGGUUGUUUCCAUGACAAGAGACCUGAAGAAUGACUCUGCUCCAGGUGCCAAAGCCCAAGCUGCCCAGCAUGCCAGUUCAGUCAGGAAUCCAUUCAGGAAUACACGCCUUGCCCUGCCAUCUGGCCCAACUAUUCCACUGCCAAAAAAAGCUGCCAGCAAUUCAAAAUUAGAAGCUUUAUCCAGCAUUGCCAGCCCAAGUCUACACUGGAGAGAGACCCGUGCACGCAAAGAACCAGGCGUUGCUGAUCCACAUGAUGAUUUCCUUGAUACACCUCUGGAGGCUCUGAGGAAUCCUGCAACUCCAGAAGAAGCACAAGCUCUUGCCGCCUCUCCUCCUCAAGACAUGGAAUUCAACAAUUCAGAUGAUGAAACUCAAGAUAUGAAUAAUGCAACUCAAGGCCUGAAGAACAUUCCCAGCAUGCCUGCUCCCAAGCAGCAAAGCACGAUACAAGUACAGCCACCGAAGAAAGACUUCAAAUACAGAGAAUCGGUAAGAAAGAAAGCUGAUCGGGAGAACCUGAAAGGUGUCGAGUGCAAGCAGUGCAAGAAGUUCUAUGAUGCUGUUCUUCCCGAUGACCGUGCAAACGGUGAUGGUGCAGGGUCUACCAGCUUGCGAUGUGAGCAUCAUGAUGGUGUGUCCAGACAUCGGUACAGGUAUGCCCCACCUUUGACGCCGGAAGGGUUUUGGAACAUUGGGUUUGAAUCAGAAAUGUAGUAGUACAUGAAGUAGCAGGAAACCUUCAAUAGUGUGUAGCAAUACAAUAUAUUGUCAUAUGGUAAGUUUUCUGUAGCCCCAACGUAUUGUAGCGAUGCCUGCAACAAAUCACAUGUUGCUGCUCAUGUUGAAUAAAUUUACAUCUUAUCAUUAGCUGCUCAUGUUGAACAAAUGUACAUCCUAUCAUUAAGGUCGAUAGUAGGCGGUAAAUACUGUCAGUUAUGCUGAAGAUAGAAUGCUCCGUCAGUUUAUAAUUGACUUAUUGUAAAUUCAUCAGUUCAAACACUUUUCUGCAGUGAACCAUCUUUUGUUACCAUUGAAAAGCAGUUCUGCUUUUUCAUACAAAGA